UCAUUCCCAUUUGGUCAUAGUUAAUGAGAGUAGACCAAAGGGAGUGAGUAGUUAAAGCGCCCAAUGGGAGUGUGACAUUUCAAAAGUUGGGUUAGUGAUAAAAUUAUAAAUUAAACCAAACGAGACUUUUCUAAAUGACUUGUGCACAAUGGGCAAACACUGGUGCUAUUUCUUGUUCAUGCUAUGGUUCUCGUACUUGAUAGUCUCGUCAAUUUUGCUCUUUUCGCGCGGAUUCCUCCUCUCCAAAAAUGCCCAAACAACCAACUCCACUUGCCUCUCCCUGUCCGAGAUCCCGUGCAUUCACAAGGAAUCGACGACUUUAAGUGCCCACGAACAGCAAUGCAGUGCCGACACCAAACUAUCCUAUGUUUUUCAAAACAUAAACAGCGCUUCGGAUAUUUGCUUGCCCCAAAGAGCGCGCGUUGUCUUCGUGAUAAUCGACGCUCUGCGGUACGACUUUGCACUCUAUGACGAGAAUUUAAAAAACCCUCUGCCGUUCCAAAACAAGCUGCCGGUUAUAAACGAGUUGCUGAAGCAACAACCGGACAAUUCGCGGCUGUAUAAGUUCAUAGCGGACCCCCCGACCACCACAAUGCAAAGACUGAAAGCUCUAACGACGGGAAGUCUUCCAACUUUUAUCGACGCCGGCUCCAAUUUUGCCACGAAUGAAAUCAACGAGGAUAAUAUCAUUGACCAAUUGUUGAGGCACAACUUGAGCACGGUCUUGAUCGGCGACGACACUUGGGACGGCCUCUACCCUAACAGAUUUCUCAGGAAAUACCCCUAUCCCUCUUUCGAUGUCUGGGAUUUGGACACAGUUGACGACGGAGUCAAUUUCCACCUUUACCCCGAAUUGGCAAAAAAUGAUUGGAGUUUUCUGAUCGCACAUUACUUGGGGGUGGACCACUGUGGCCAUCGCUACGGCCCCAACCAUUCGGAGAUGGAGCGCAAAUUGACAGAAAUGAACACCGUGAUUGCGAGCAUUGUGGAGCGACUAGACCCCAGCACAAUGCUGUUCGUGAUCGGCGACCACGGAAUGACCGAAACCGGCAACCACGGGGGCGACGCCGACGACGAAGUCACCUCAGCCCUCUUCGUGUACUCCCACACCCAACUCUCCUCCCUCCACGCCUCCGCCACCGUCCGCCAAGUCAGCCUUGUCCCAACCCUUGCCUCAAUUUUCGGCGUUUCGAUCCCGUUCUCAAACCUCGGAACGGUAAUCCUGGACGCCCUUCCGCUCCUCAACAACUCACAAGUGCCCGAAUGGCAAUGGUCCCUCUUCCACCUAUGGGCAAAUGCCCAACAAAUGCUCACCUACAUCGACCACUACGCCAAAUCGGCCCCGGAAACCUUCAGCGACUCAACUUUGCAAAGCCUGCGCGAGAACUACGCCCUCCUGAACAGCAAACUCUUCCACGUCAGUGACCAACCCUCCUUUGCGACUUUCACAGAGGAGUGUUUGGUUUUUUUGGGGAAAUUGCGCGAAACUUGCGAGCAAGUCUGGGUCCAGUUCGAUUCGUUUUCGAUGACUCGUGGAUUGUUGUUCCUGUUCCUGUCCAUGUUUUUCGUCUAUGUGAUCACUGACGGGAUUCCCAGCAACCGCCUCCCGGAGAUUUUCAUGAGUUCGUUCCUCACUUGUUCUUAUUUUGUUUUGUUAGUUGCGGUUUGCGUCUCGAUUGUUUUGUACCACUUUUCCUACGUUUCAAGUCUCACAUCCACGAUUUUUUUCUCAACCGGACUGGUCUCCCAGUUCAUGCUAGGCAUGCUGGUGAUUCAAAACUGGGAGUUGAUCAGUCUCAACUGGUACGAUCGGAGCAAGAAAGAACGUAUCCCGAAUCUAAUCUGCCGGCUGGUGCUCGUUUUCCACUUGUGUGGCCUUUUUUCCAACAGUUUUGUCGUUGAGGAGUCGUCCGUUUUGCUGUUUCUCCUAACCACGGUUAUUUUGAUUGGGAGUUUGAGCGUCGGUCAGGGAGAAACAAAGAAAAAAAUCCCGAGACCGAAGUUGCGAUUGUUGUUAAUUGCGUUCGGGAUGUUGGUGCUUGUGCGCAUUUCCAUGUAUUUCUGGCGCUGUCGCGACCGUUUAGAGCAACCCUGGUGUUACGAAACGUACAAUUCGUUCACCUCUAAAGCCGAAACGACCAAACUCCAGUGGAUCACCACUCUCAUAACCUUGGCCCUGUUUGUCACAACCACCAAAGUUUGGCUGCGAAAUUGUGGCAACUUGAACGGUUACAACUUCACGGUGAUUGUGCUAAAGUACGCGCCCACGGUUCUGGUCGUGUGCACGAGCGGUUUCUGGGUCUUGAACCGGCUCCCGGGUGAUCCGAAGAACAAGGCGAUCCGGCCCUGGCAGGCGAAUGUUUUGGCUUGGACUGUUUAUGGUGUUUCGUUUGUUGGGAUUUUGGUCGUGGUUUUGAAGCCAUUGUGCGUUUACGUUUUACCGAAGGAAAAGACAGUCGAGGGGCAGAAUAUCAUCCCGCAUUUGUUCCACAAAGUGAAGAGGCUCUUCAAUGAAGAAAGCCGGGAUGAUGUCCCGAUUUUGUGCGGGCUGGGGACUGCCUACAGUGCCGUUUUUGUCUCGAUUGGGAUUUUUCUGACGCAUUUGUUCGCAUUGAUUCAUGGGGAUGGUGUUGCCCCGGCUACUGUUAUCAUGUUUCUGGCGUCGGCGUUUGUUCUGAUUAUUACGUCGAUUAUCCGGCUCGAGAAAGCCACAAUUAUGGAACAACUGUUCGAAAUUCCGAACAUGUCCCUCCUGGUGUGGGUGAUCCUCUCCCAGUAUUUCUUCUACGGAACGGGUCACCAGCCCUCCUUCCCCAACAUAAUCUGGGAGGCGGCCUUCGUGGGGACUUCGGGCGUAAUCAGCCACAACUACAUCCUCGGCAGUUUGAUAAUUCUGAACACGUUUUGUUCGCAAAUUUUGAUGGGAUUUUUGGUGCCUCUGCUGAUUAUAAUGCCGUUUACGGUCUCCGUCAUGUUACCAACUUCCAUUAAUCGGAAUAUCCUCGAACGGGAAAAUUUGCGAGGGGAGGUUUUGUUGUACGAACGCGAUGGGUUGAUGAUCACGGUCGCCUUCACCACCAUUUGCAAGUACAUGGUGUGCCACGGCAUUAGGGUUUUUGCGACCAUGUUGGCAGCCACGAUUCAUUGCAGGCACAUGAUGAUUUGGAAGAUUUUCGCGCCGAAAUUGAUUUUUGAAGCAAUUGGCAUGUUUGUGACUUUGGUUGUAGUUAAUUUGAGUUAUUUGGUGCUUCUGAGGAUUAACUUUAAAGUGGAUCAAUUGAUUGUGUCGCUGAAUAAAAGGUGCAGAUAGUAAAUUAUUUUUUUUGAGUGCGACAUUGGAAACAAAUUAAAGUGCUUGUUAUAGACGUUGUAUUAUAAUUUUGUAGCCACUAAAAAUGUGACAACGUAAUGUUAAUGACUCACUCAGGUUUGUUAUUUUUACUACAUGUAGACUUGUAAAUAGCAGCAAUAAUUGUCGACUUUUUUAUAAUACAAAGUGAUCAAAAAAGAGUGCUUCCGUUGGCAAGAGUAAUAGUACUUUAAUUUUUUGGGUGUUUGCAAUACUGCUGUGGUUUUUCCGUUAAUAAUUUGACCUAAACAACUUAAACAGUCAUUUUUGAUCACAUGGCACUUUAAUAAAAAUUAGUAGCAAAUAAAUUAAAAGCUUUAGGUUUGUGUACUGCUAAUAAUCUAGUCGAAAAAGGCAUUCAAGGAUAAAGUACUUGUUUAUCUGCUCGUUUUUUUUAGGUAAUACUGUUCUUCUUGUUUUUUUGAUAGUAUUAUUUUGAUGUUGAGAAUGUUUUGGAUAAAAAAUCCUUAAAGCUGUCGAAUUAUUUAUUUAUAUUUUUUGACAAUAAAAGUGUGUUUCUUA